UACAAUUUAUAAUUAGAAAUUUAGUGUACUUAGGCCUAAACCUAAGAAAAUAUUUGCAUGCCUAUGUUAUGGCGGAAUGUGCUGAACCAUUUAUUAAUAUUACCACCAAUAUUGUAAACCAUGUUUCACGCAAAUAAAGAUUCUUAUUCUUAUUCUUAUUCUAUUCUUAUUCUUCUUAUUAGUGCAUUUUUUGGAACGUAUAUGAAAAGUUUCUGUGGUGUUGUUAUUGACGUACUCUUGCACAUUGGCACUGCACAUGUUUUGUAAAACGAGGUCAUUAUUACAGUUUGUAUCAACAAUAUUUCAGUAAAAAACAGUGGACUCUCAUAGAACGCGAGCUUUGUUUAUCGGCCGGUGACGUAGAUAUUUAUCACGUGACUGUUUGGGAGCAUUUCGGCGGCAAUUUUUGAAAAAUAUUUUUUUAAUUGUUUUUUUAUUGAAGUUAGUGAUAUUUUUUUCUCAAAAAUAUAUUUUUCGUGUUUAUUUAAGCUCUAUUUAUAAAUUAAAAGCUAUUUCUAAAAUUAGUGAACAUGCCUAUUUCGGGAUUUUGUACUUCGGGAUUUUAAACUUCGGGAUUUUAAACUUUCGGGCAAAUGAACUUUCGGGAUUGAAAACUUUCGGCCAAACAACCAUUCGGCGUUUCAAUUAUCGGGAUUUCGUCUAUCGGUAUUUUAAAAUUCGGGAUUUUGAUACGUACCCUGAAAAAUAUACCUACGGCGUACAGAAAUGAAAUAUGGCGGGUAUCAAAGACAAAUGAUUGUACUUUUCAAUGGUAACUGGCGCAUUUUUGUGGCUGAUGGGGAUCAUGAUGGUGAACAGUAACUGUAAGACAGAGACAGCAAUAUACGUGUUAUUUAUCUGACCGUAGCAAAGUCGUUGUUUGCUUUAUGAUGAUCAUAUUUUUAUUUAACAAAACAAGAGCAAAGUAAGUCUGUUUGUUUCAUUUUCAAGUCGAAACCACUGAACCGAUUUUGAUUAAAUUGUAGUGUAGAGAUAUACAUAUUAGAUUUAAAGACCGACAUAGUACCUAUACUUUUUAUCCUAAUGACAUGUUUCCAUGGGAUAAAAUAAUUUACAGACGGGCGAAACCGCUUGUGCAGCUAAUUAUUAUCCAAUUUUUAGGGGUCUUCUGAAUGAUCUCUCCAUUAAAUAUUUUUUUUAUUUUUACCUAUAAUGAAAAGUGGGUUAUACCGGCAUUAUUUACCACCAUUUUCGUUCGGUCGGAUUAUGGGCCAUGACCUUUGUACAAUUCUCUUUUCGGUCUUUCACAAUACACUCCCGCCGCGCGAGUGACGAACGAUGUUUUUUGUUUUUCGAAACAAAAAACAAUAAAAAUCUCGGAAUUCUCAAACUUUCUCAGAGAAUUGACUUUACCUAUGCAUAAAACGUAUUUUUGGCCUAUUUUAACGCUCAAGCCCAAGCCGCAACGCUCAACGCUCAAGCCGGAAAAAUUUAAGAAUUAUUACAGGGUUAAUAGAGAACAAUUUCAAGAACUUUUGUCAUUUGUUUUCAAAAUAUCGACCGAUAUUUUGAAACAAAACACCAACUUCAGGAAAGCUAUUUCACCUCAAGAAAAGCUAGCUGUGUGCCUCAGAUUUCUAGCAACAGGCGACGCAUUCAAAACAAUAGCCUACAAUUAUCGCAUGAGCACACCAACUGUUUCAAGGAUAGUACACGAUACUUGUAUUGCAAUUUGGAAAAAAUUACAGCCUAUUUAUUUGAAAGAACCCAAAAGGCAAGAUUGGGAAAAUAUAGCAGAAGCUUUUGAAAAUAUAUGGCACUUUAAAAAUUGCCUUGGUGCCAUUGAUGGUAAACACGUAGCGAUUAAAUGUCCUCCACAUUCAGGAAGUCAAUUUUACAACUACAAAAAAUAUUAUUCCGUAGUAUUACUAGGGGUUGUUGAUGCACACAAACGUUUCAUAAUCAUUGAUGUUGGAUCGAUGGGGCGUUUCAGUGACGGUGGUAUUUUUAAUGAUAGCGUGUUCGGAAAAAAACUUAUUAAUAACCAAUUAAAUUUACCGGAAGACCGUCAUUUAGAUGAAAGUAGUUCAGUCAGAGUACCUUAUGUAUUUAUAGGUGACAAGGCCUUUGCUUUACGUAAAAAUUUACUGAGACCAUAUUCAAACGUAAUAAAUGAUAGACCGAAAAGAAUAUUUAACUAUCGACUCAGCAGAGCUCGAAAUGUUGUAGAGAAUGCAUUCGGUAUUUUAUCCGCUAGAUGGCGUCUUUAUCGGCGACCACUAGAAUGCAAACUUGAGACGGUCGAUCAUAUUAUAAAAGCAACUUGCGUGUUGCAUAAUUAUUUAUCUGUACAAUUAUCGUCACUACCCACAUCGGCUGCAGAUUACAAUCAAAAUGACGAUUAUAAUAAUCCACGACCCAACAACAUGACCUUUGAUAGACUGCGAGCUACACGAGAAGCUUUUAAUGUACGUAACAUAUAUUGCGAUUAUUUUAACAAUUCCGGUAGAAUAGCCAGUCAAGAUUCACUUGUUUCAUAAAAUAAAUUCAAUUAAAAAGACA